UCUCAGCGCUGCAAGUUUCCACAGGGCACCGCGGCGGAAUUGCGCGGGGGGCGGCCCCGCCGUCCGUCCGUCCGUCCGUCUGUCCGUCGCUUUGUUCCCGGAGGAUGCGGCGCGCCUAACCCCGGCCCAGGCGGUGGGGCCGCGGCGGGGGCAGGGGCAGCCCUCCGCCGGAAAACUCCGCGCCGCCCUCCUUCCUCCUCCUCCUCCUCUUCCUCCUCCUCCUCCCGCUCGCAGCCCCGGCGCGGAGCGAUGCUCUCGGGGGCGGCGAUGGAGCGGGGCGGCAGCGCGGAGAGCACGGCGGCCCCUCGGGCUGCCCGCGGCCCCUGAGCGCCGGCAGGAGGAAGAGGAAGGCCGGGGCAGCGAGCAGAGCGCGGCCAUGGAGGAGUGGAGGCAGUGCGGCCGCUGGCUGAUCGACUGCAAAGUUUUGCCCCCGAACCACCGGGUGGUCUGGCCCUCGGCCGUGGUCUUCGACCUGGCGCAGGCGCUGCGGGACGGGGUGCUGCUGUGCCAGCUGCUCCACAACCUGUCCCCCGGCUCCAUCGACCUCAAGGACAUCAACUUCAGGCCGCAGAUGUCCCAGUUUCUGUGUUUGAAGAACAUCCGGACCUUCCUAAAAGUGUGUCACGACAAGUUUGGGUUAAGGAACAGUGACCUCUUUGAUCCCUUUGACCUCUUUGAUGUGCGGGAUUUCGGGAAGGUGAUCUCUGCAGUAUCCAGGCUCUCCUUCCACAGUAUUGCUCAAACCAAAGGAAUUAGGCCCUUCCCUUCAGAGGAGACCACGGAAAAUGAUGAUGACGUGUACCGGAGCUUGGAGGAGCUGGCGGAUGAGCACGAUCUGGGGGAGGACAUCUACGACUGCGUCCCCUGUGAGGAUGAGGGUGAUGAUAUCUACGAGGAUAUCAUCAGAGUGGAAGUUCAGCAGCCCAUGAAAAUGGGAAUGACAGAAGAUGACAAAAGGAAUUGUUGCUUGCUAGAAAUCCAAGAAACUGAGGCCAAAUACUACAAAACACUUGAAGAUAUAGAAAAGAACUAUAUGAACCCUCUGAGACUGGUACUGACUCCCCAGGACAUGGAAGCUAUUUUUAUCAAUUUGGAGGACCUAAUUAAAGUGCACUUCAGUUUCCUGAGAGCCAUCGAUGUCUCGAUGAUGUCUGGAGGGAGCAGCCUGGCAAAAGUGUUCCUGGAAUUCAAAGAGAGGCUGCUGAUUUAUGGCAAGUACUGCAGCCACAUGGAAUAUGCCCAGAACACCCUGAACCACCUCCUGGCCAGCCGGGAGGACGUGCGGCAGAAGGUGGAGGAAUGCACACUGAAGGUCCAGGAUGGGAAAUUCAAAUUGCAAGAUCUGCUGGUGGUUCCAAUGCAAAGAGUUUUGAAGUAUCAUCUCCUGUUAAAAGAGCUGCUCAGCCAUUCCUCAGACCGGCCAGAGAAGCAGCAGCUGAAGGAGGCUCUGGAGGCGAUGCAGGACUUGGCCAUGUACAUCAAUGAAGUCAAGAGGGACAAAGAGACUUUGAAGAAAAUAAGUGAAUUUCAGAGCUCUAUAGAAAACCUGCAAGUGAAGCUGGAGGAGUUUGGGAGGCCGAAGAUCGACGGGGAGCUGAAGGUGCGCUCCAUAGUGAACCACACCAAGCAGGACAGGUAUUUAUUUUUAUUCGAUAAAGUGGUGAUCGUCUGCAAGAGGAAAGGAUACAAUUAUGAGUUGAAGGAAAUUAUUGAGCUGCUCUUCCACAAGAUGACUGAUGACCCCAUGAAUAACAAGGACAUUAAGAAGUGGUCAUACGGCUUCUACCUGAUCCACCUCCAGGGAAAACAGGGCUUCCAGUUCUUCUGCAAGACAGAGGAGAUGAAGAGGAAGUGGAUGGAGCAGUUUGAAAUGGCCAUGUCCAACAUAAAGCCAGAGAAAGCCAAUGCAAAUCACCACAACUUCCAGAUGUACACAUUUGAAAAGACAACCAACUGCAAAGCCUGCAGGAUGUUCCUGAGAGGAACCUUCUACCAGGGCUAUCUUUGUCCCAAAUGUGGGGCAGGUGCUCACAAGGAGUGCUUGGAGAUUAUUCCUCCCUGCAAGAUGGGUUCUUCAGCAGACCAGGAUUCACUGGGUGCAGGACCUGGUCCUAAAAUGGUGGCAGUUCAGAAUUACCAUGGAAACCCAGCCCCUCCUGGGAAGCCAGUGCUGACCUUUCAAAUUGGGGAUGUGAUCGAGCUGCUGAGGGGGGACCCCGACUCACCGUGGUGGGAGGGGAGGCUACUCCAGACGAAGAAGUCGGGUUAUUUCCCCAGCUCCUCAGUGAAACCCUGCCCCGUGGAUGCUAGGCCCCCCAACAGCCGGCCGCCCUCGCGGGAGAUCGACUACACAGCGUACCCGUGGUUUGCAGGGAACAUGGAGAGGCAUCAGACGGACAACCUGCUCAAAUCUCACGUCAGCGGCACCUACCUGAUCCGGGAGCGGCCGGCUGAGGCCGAGCGCUUUGCCAUCAGUAUUAAGUUCAACGAGGAGGUGAAGCACAUCAAGGUGGUGGAGAAGGACAACUGGAUUCACAUCACGGAAGCCAAGAAGUUCGAAAGCUUGCUGGAGCUGGUCGAGUACUACCAGAGCCACUCGCUGAAGGAGAGCUUCAAGCAGCUGGACACGACCCUGAAGUAUCCCUACAAAUCCCGGGAGCGCUCUACCUCCAGAACCUUCACCCGCUCCCCAGUGUUCACCCCCCGGGUCAUAGGCACAGCGGUGGCACGGUACAACUUUGCGGCGCGGGACAUGCGAGAGCUGUCGCUGCGGGAGGGGGACGUGGUGAAGAUCUACAGCAGGAUUGGAGGGGACCAGGGCUGGUGGAAGGGGGAAACCAAUGGAAGGGUGGGCUGGUUUCCCUCGACGUACGUGGAGGAGGAGGGGGUGCAGUGACCGCGGCCGUGCUUGGUGGAAGUCGUCGAGCGCCCAGAGGCAGCGGCUGCAGCCCGAGUGCACUGUCCCCGUGCUGGACACCUCCCAGGACUGCCCCUGCAGCCCCUCACCGCCCCAACCCGUCCAGGCUGCCCCCAUUCCGUGUACAGAAGAUGGAUGGGCUGUGGGAUGGCGCUGGAGGAGCAGCUGCGGGGGAGCCCCGGGAGAGCCGCGCUCUCCCUGCUUGGACAGAGCUCAGAGACUCUGGGGCGCCCACGGGGGUGUGGGUCCCACACCCCUCUUCUGUCAAGGGCUUUGAAAAGCCACUGUGGGGAUGAUGGUGCAAGGGUGAGGCUGAAGGUUUUGUGCCUGGGUGAGAAUUUGGGGUCUUCCAGGGGAGGGAGCCCCGAGGAGACGAUGCAGACCCCCUGCCACAGGUGGUUUAUCCAGGUCAGGAUUUUGGCAGUGGCCCUGGCAGCCAUGGGCAGCACCGUGCUGUGGCCAGGCCAAGGGGCAGGGUGGGGACACCUGGCCUGGGAGGAGGAGAGGGUUGUGACCAUUUUGACCCUCAGAUGUAGGCUGGAAGUGGACCUUCAGGUCAGCCAGGAGGGGAGAGAGCCAUUUUGGCACCCCCAAUCCCAUUUUCUUUAAGGUCACCUCAGUCCCACCAGCCUUGCUGCUGGCAGGGGGGUGCCCAGGGGGAUGACUGGUCCCACUGGUGAGCAGGAGGUAUCACUGCAUUGCAGGACUGGAGAUGUGCUCCAUGCAAGGUUUUCAGGGGCCACCAAGGCACCAGGUACCUGCAGAGGAUAUCAUUGGGUCUGUCCUCUCCUUUCUGGCAGUCCUGAGCCAGGCUGAUUUUCCUUGCAGCUGUGAUAAAUCCCACCUCAUGAGCUCAGGGUGAACCCACCUGUAUAAGGGCUUACAGUAUCAAGUCCUGAAUCCUGUCCCUGAGCUGUGAAAGCAUCUCCUCUUCCCAGCUCUGUGCACUUUUGGGGGCUGGCAGCGUUGCCCCCUGCUCUUCCUCCCACAGGCUGUUCCUGCUGCUGCUGUCAAGUAAAGGUGAUCCAUGUAUUGUGACAUUUCCACUGUGUCCUGAGCACCCUCUGUCCGAGUCUGCCCUUCCCAAAGUGCAAAUACAAUAAAAUCUAUGUCUGGGAGCGUGAUAGGGAACAACUCCCCUGUAUCUGAGCCCCAGGAGCUUCCUCUCUGAACAGGUGGUGUUUUGAGCUGGUGCUUCCAUGCCCUGACGUCGUUCCCCUGGGAUUUGUGGUGGUCCUGCUGUGCAGCACCAUGUCCCUGCUGUGGGAUCCUGCUGCAAGUCUGGGAGAUGCCAGUGCUGGGUGGGUGAGCAGAGCUGCUGCCCUGGCAUGAGGUCUGCAAACAGAGCAGAAGAACCACGUUUGGGAUAAGAAACGGAAGAGUUUGGAUCUCUCAAGGGCAAGGAAAUGAUGCUAACUUGGGAAUUACAUGCUGGUGCUCAGUGGCCAGCCCAGAGCCACCCUGCUUUGCUCCCUGUUCCUCCUGGAGCUAUGGGGGUGCCCCCACUCGGGGGGGUGCAGCAGGGAGGUGACAGGAACGUGGGGCUCAGGGCAUUCCCAAGGUACUGUUUGGUGCUAACCUCUCCCAGCCAGCCCCUCCACGCUCAGCUCGAGGGGAGCAGCCAGCAGGGAGCUGACAAUUCCCCGCUCCUGUGCA